AUGACGCCCGCGCUGGCCGCCAACAGCAGGACGGCGGCGUCCCGCACCGCGCGCGAGGGCGGUGGCUGGGCGGCGGUGGCGGGCCGCGGCGCGCCCGCGCCGCCCGCCGCCCGCGGCUGGGCCGAGCUGCCGGAGGGGGAGAAGCGGAGCCGGACCUCGCGGCUCAUGGAGAUGGGCUUCCCGCAGGAGGACGAUGCGCGGCAGGCGCUGGAGGAGCACAGCUGGGACCCCAACCGCGCGCUCGACAGCCUGAUCUUGGGCGCGUGCCGCCCAAAGCCUGGGGCCCAAGGGGGAGCGGGAGCCGCCGUGCCGCCGAGGGCGCCCGCGGGAGGCACCAAGGCCGCGGCCGAGGCCGGCAUCAAGAGCCUGCUCGGGCUGCAGCCGAAGCCCCCGCCCGGGGGCGGCGCCUCGCCCGACCGCUCCACGGCGGCGUCGGACACCGGGCACCUCGUCCCCGCGCACGCCGCCGCUGCAGGCCGUGGCGCCGCUGGCCGCUCAGGCGGCCCCCCCGGUGGCCGCGACGCCCAACCGGCGGCUCGUUCGGGUGCGCCAGGCUUGGAAGCAGGAGAGGACUGGUGCUCCGCGAGCCAGCUGAACGUCGAGGAGGGCGACCCCGUCCUCGUCUGGGACGGCAGCGGCACGGCGAUGGGGUGGAUCUACGCCGAGAGCGUCAAGGAGGGAGGCGGCGCGGGCUGGCUGCCCCUCUCCGCGGUCGGGGAGGGCGCCCCGCAGCAGCCGCCUCUCCCGCCGGCCGCGCCCGCCCUGGAGCAGCUCGCGGCGGCGCCCUACGCGGUGCCCCUCCCGCAAUCCGCGCCCGCGCCAGAGCAGCCGGCGAUGGUGCCGUACGCGGCGCCCGUGGCGCCAGGGCAGCUGGCGAUGGCCUCGUACGCGGCGCCCGUGCCGCCGCCCCCGGUGCAGGCCCAGUCAUCCGCGCGCUGGAUGCGCACCAGCCAGGCAUGCGCCGCCACGUACGACAACCAGCUGCCUGUGCAGGCGGGUGCCCCGCUGCUGGUGCACACCGACAGGGUGUCGCCGGACGGCCACUGGGUCUUCGCGGAGGCUCAGGACGCGGGCGCCCGCUCCUUCCCCGGGGUCGGCGUGGGCCCCGCGGCCGCGAGCCGCUCGGGCUGGGUGCCCCGCGUGUGCGUGGAGUGGCCGGGCUCCCGCUGA